GCGUCUGAUGCCCCUCCCACCUUAACUCAGGGGUUACACUCCUCCACCUGGCAGCUGGUCUCCCAGAAUCUCUUGUAGCGGAAGAGCCUGCCACCACUGACUUCCUCGACUCACAGACUCCAUCGACAAGACAACCAUGGCAACCUCUCCCUCCACCGACGGUCCCGUGCGCAUCGCCAUCAUCGGCGGCGGCAUCGCAGGCUUGACGCUCCUCCUGGCUCUCCUGAAGCACACUUCGCGUGACAUCCUGCAACCGCACUUAUACGAGGCCGCGCCCGCAUUUUCCGAGAUUGGUGCCGGGAUCGCCUUCGGGUCCAACUCCCUCCGGGCGAUGGCCCUCAUCGACCCGGAGAUGAUGGCCACCUACAACAAGCACGCCACCGUGCAACCGGACGAAGGCGCCCGCGACCGGAAGCUCUGGUCCAGCUACCGGAUGGGGAUGGACGGCCAACGGCGUCCGACCAACACCCUCAUGGCCGGGGAUCAUAUCCACGAGACGCGCGCCUCGGUGGCCCGGAGCAGCGUUCACCGCGCGCGGUUCCUCGAAGGAAUGACUGAGCUUCUCCCAAAAGAAGCGCAAGAGAACCUUGUUUCCUUUGGGAAGCGACUGGUCUCGUUAGACGAGAACCCCGAUGCCAGCGUGACGGUCCGGUUCGCGGAUGGCACUGCCGCGACAGUGGAUGCGGUGAUCGGAUGCGACGGGAUCAGGUCCCGCGUGCGCCAGAUCUUGCUCGCGGGCGAGGCGGCAGCCGAGCCCGUCUUCACGGGAAAAUACGCCUACCGGGGCUUGAUUCCGAUGGAGGAGGCGGUCGCUGCGCUGGGCGAGUACACGGCGCGCAACAACCAUUUCCACUGGGGGUAUGACGGGCAUGUCUUGACCUUUCCCAUCGAGAAGGGAGAGACGAUGAAUGUGGUGGCGUUUCGCACCAAGCCGAACGGGGUCUGGGAGCAUGGCGCGCAGUGGGUCCUGCCGGGGAACAAGGAGCACAUGCUGCAGGACUUUGCGGGCUGGGGUCCGGAUGUGCAGGCCAUCCUGUCGCUGAUGCGCAACUCCGAUAUCUGGGCCAUGUUCGACCAUCCCCCCGCGCGGACCUACCACAAAGAUGGGCAGAUAUGCAUCAUUGGGGAUGCGGCGCAUGCCAGUACCCCGCAUCAGGGGGCUGGGGCCGGGAUGGCGAUUGAGGAUGUCUUUGUCCUGUCGCGGUUGCUGAAGGAGGUUCGGGACCGGAGUCAGCUGGGCCGCGCAUUUGCGGCGUACGAUGCGGUGCGCAGACCGCGGACCCAGAGGCUGGUCCGCACGAGUCGGGAUGCGGGUCUGUUGUACCAGUGUCAAAAGCCCGGGGUGGAGGAUGAUGUUGACAAGAUUCAGCAGGAUCUGGACGAGCGGAUGCAUUGGAUCUGGGACUUGGAUCUCGAGGCUCAUCUUGCAGAGGCAUUGGAUGUCUUUCAUCAGGGAUCGUAGACUUAGAUUCAGGUCAUUAGUCAAGGGCUUCGGUCUCGGCAAUGACAGCUUGUAUCCCCAGGUAGGC